UGGUUAAGUGGGUACCCACAUCCUUCAAGACUUCGAACAUUAGAGGACAGAUUGAGUCACAGAAGGAAACAAGGGGGGAGAGGAAUGGAGGAUGGAGCCACUUUUCAAUCUCCAUGAGACGUUGCCAUAACCACAAGAGUCAUCGUUGUUAACACCAAAUUAAUUGGCUUACUGACGAUCACACAGCGGAUCUCCUUUGAGGCCUUCUAAUUUGAUAAUGGAGGUUGAAGUCAAAUCCAGGGAGAGAAUAAAACCAUCAUCUCCAACUCCAUCUCACUUGAAAACACUCAAGAUUUCUCUCUUAGAUCAGCUCUUCCCUCCUGUCCAUGUUCCCUUAGUGUUCUUCUAUCUCAACACACAGACUACUAGCCCUAUUCCCGAUGUCAUCUCCAAAACAUCGGUCUCUCUGAAGCAAUCGCUAGCAAAAACCUUAACUCUCUUCUACCCAUUUGCCGGAAAAAUAAAAGACCAUCUUUCUGUUGAUUGUAACGAUGAGGGGGUCUAUUAUGUCGAAGCACGAGUGGAUAAUAAUCUGUCCGAGUUUCUCAGCAAACCAGACGUCCGGUUGACACAACAUUUUCUUCCUCAUGAUCAAUCCAUGGAUCAAAUGUACCCAACCGGAAUAAGCUUGGUAAUGAUUCAAGUGAACUUCUUCAAAUGCGGCGGUAUGGCCCUUGGCAUGUACUGCUGCCACAGAAUCAUCGACGGUCACACUUGCAUCACAUUUGUAAGAGCAUGGGCAGAAACCGCACAAGGCUCAGGAACUGAAGUAAUCCCCCGUUUUGUUCCAUGUAAUUCUCUUUUCCCGCAAAAUCCUUCGCUGCCUAAAGAUUCAACGUUGCUUAUGUGGCCCUCGAUGUUCAACCAAACCAAAUACGUAACAAGGAGGUUCUUAUUUGAUGCCUCGGCAUUAAGCAGCCUCAAGGCCAAAGUAGCUAGCUCAUCAUUUGUCCCGACACGUGUUGAGGCACUAUUGGGGCUCAUCUGGAAAUGCGCCAUUUCGGCUUCGAGAUCAAGAUUUGGUUUCCAAAGACCAUCCGUUUUGUCAAUUGCUGUGAGUCUACGAAGCAAAUUCUUUCCACCACCGUCACAAUUUGCCACGGGAAAUCUCCUUUGGAGUGCGGUUGCACAAAGCAAAGCGGAUACUGGGACAGAGUUGCAUCGCUUGGUGAGGAAUUUGAGAGAUGCCACAUCGAAAAUCGAUGGCGGUUUUGUCCGUGGAAUACAAGGGGGUGAAGGUUUUUCCAAGGUUACUGAGUGUCUCAAAGAGUUACGGGAAUUGUAUUCGAAUGAGGGGGCAAAUUACUACACGUGUACAAGUACGUGUAAUCUUGGGAUGUAUGAAGCAGAUUUCGGGUGGGGGAAGCCUAUUUGGGUGAGUCUAGGCGGAAACGAGGAUCCGAUGGUAAUGAAUCUUAUAUAUUUGUUGGACACGAGGUCGGGUGGUGGAAUUGAAGCCUGGGUGAAUUUGAGUGAGGAAGACAUGGCUGAAUUCGAGCGUGAUCCUGAGCUACUUGCUUUCACUUCUUUGGAUCCAAGUCCUCUUCAUAUUAAUACUCCUAGUAGUCAUACCGUAUGUGCUCGCAUGUAAUGUAGUUUACGUGAUUGAAAACAUAUGUCUGAUCAGUAUUUUGAAUGGGCGGGAUGGGAUCGACUGUGUGUGUAAUUUCAUAAUAAUGUGCAAUUGUGAUUGACGUUGGAACUUUUUAAGAUUAUAAAUAAUUAUGUGUCCCCACUGUAA